AUGACGGCACAAUCGCCCCAGCUGCACUCGCCCACCUCGCAUCCUGAGCGGCCAAAGGGUAUCCUCAAGAACUCCACUUCUUACCGCUCAAACUCACACACAUCGCCUACUCGCGACCUGCCGCCUGCCACGAGCCCAAUUUCCUCGGAGCGCCCGCAGCUUGGUCGUGAGCUGUCGGAGAAGGAAAUCGUGCUCGAGAAUACGCUACGCAAUGCUGGCCCCCACCGCCGCUCGUCUUCAAACCCUCGUGGCCUGGCCUCGCGGCGCCAAUCGGGCGCAGACCCCGCGGGCGACGCCAGCCCCCAGCUCAAGUGGGAUGAGGCCAAUCUCUACCUCAACGAGCAGAACCGUGACAGCACCAUGAAGAUUGACGAGCCAAAGACGCCCUAUGCCAAGCAAUACGAUCCCGCCGAGGACGAAGAGGAAGUCGAGAUGCUCAACGCCCAAGAGCUCAAGGUCGACGAGCUCGACAAGGCGAAGCGCAAGCCAAAGAUUGACGAUAUCCCCGAGUUUGACCUAGGCCAGCCAGAGCUACAGGCCCGCCACUCACACACGCCCGAUAGCGAGAAGCGAGUCAUUGUCGGCGAGGGCAUGGACACGGACGAGGGCUACCACGGCGAACUACUCCCCAAUGCGACACAGGAGGAGAAGGAGAAGCACCGCAAGUUCGAGGAGCUGCGCAAAAAGCAUUACGAGAUGAAAAAUGUCAAGGACCUGCUAGGCCACCCAGAAGAUGCAGAUGAAGACGAAGAGAUGCCCUCGCGCCCCAAUGGUCCAUGA